AUUUUGCCAACUCAUCCAAACAUCACGGGGUCGAUUUUGCGAUCAGCUCAGGCGAGAAAACUAAACGGAGAAGACAAACAAAAAAACAAAGAUGCCGAAGAAGAAGCCGGUGAAACAUUCCGGCGACGAUGACAUCGCAGCUCCGGUAUCAUCGCAAACCGGAUCUUCGAUUGAUAAUUUUUGGUGGUGGUUAACACAUAAAGGAACCACCACUUCAUUCCUCUGCAUCUCACUCUUCGCAUUACUGAUCCGAUCUGCUGUAUCGAUGUAUCCAUACUCCGGCGCCGGAACCCCUCCUAAAUUCGGCGAUUUCGAAGCUCAGAGACAUUGGAUGGAGAUAACCACAAAUCUUCCGGUCAUCGAUUGGUAUAGAAACGGCACUAACAACGAUCUCACUUACUGGGGAUUAGAUUACCCUCCUUUAACUGCUUACCAGAGUUACAUCCAUGGAGUCUUACUCAAAAUCUUCAAUCCUGAGUCUGUUGCUCUUCUAAGCUCUCGUGGUCACGAGUCUUAUCUUGGAAAGUUGUUGAUGAGAUGGACUGUUUUAUCAUCUGAUGCUCUCAUAUAUUUCCCAGCUGCUCUCUUUUUUGUGUUGGUGUAUCAUAGGAAUCGAACUAGGAGUAGUAAGAGUGAAGUGGCAUGGCAUAUUGCUAUGAUUCUCUUGAACCCUUGUUUGAUCCUCAUUGAUCAUGGUCAUUUUCAGUACAAUUGUAUCAGCUUGGGACUUACACUUGGUGCUAUUGCUGCGGUACUAUGUGGGAGCGAGGUUCUCACUUGUGUUUUGUUCAGUUUAGCUCUCAGUCAUAAACAGAUGAGUGCAUACUUUGCUCCUGCCUUUUUCAGCCAUCUACUGGGAAAAUGCCUAAGAAGGAGAAACCCAGUACUUGCUGUGGUUAAGCUUGGAAUUGCAGUCAUAGCCACGUUUGUUAUUGUUUGGUGGCCAUAUCUGCAUUCUUUGGACGACUUCUUAAUGGUUCUCUCCCGUCUUGCUCCAUUUGAGAGGGGAAUAUACGAGGAUUACGUGGCAAAUUUCUGGUGCACUACGUCCAUACUCGUAAAAUGGAAAAAACUUUUCACAACACAAUCCCUCAAGUCUAUUAGUUUAGCUGCAACUAUAUUGGCUUCUCUCCCUUCAAUGGUUCAGCAAAUCUUGUCACCAAGUAAUGAAGGUUUCCUAUAUGGGUUGCUCAACGGUUCAAUGGCUUUCUACUUGUUUUCCUUCCAAGUGCAUGAGAAAUCAAUCCUGAUGCCUUUUCUCUCUGCAACACUAUUAGCUCUCAAACUCCCUGACCAUUUCAGUCAUUUAACAUAUUACGCUCUCUUCUCGAUGUUCCCUCUUCUUUGCCGUGACAAACUCUUGAUCCCUUACUUAACACUAUCCUUUCUCUUUGCCAUCAUCUAUCAUUCACCCGGGAAUCACCCGGUACAGAAAACUAAAGCUUCAUUUUUCUCCUUCAAAAACUUUCCGGGUUAUGUAUUCUUACUACGAACCCAUUUCUUCAUCUCCAUAGUUCUUCAUGUCCUCUACCUUACCAUUCAACCUCCUCAAAAGUACCCUUUCCUAUUAGAAGCACUAAUCAUGAUUCUCUGUUUCUCAUACUUUGUAUUGUUUGCCUUUUACACCAACUAUACGCAGUGGACUUUGUCAAGGUAUUUCAGGUCCUCUGGUAAAGAAAAGAAACACAUCUGAACAUCUGAAGACAAAAGACAGAACUCUUGAGAGCAAGGUUGUUCAACUCAGUUCCAUUUUUUUUUUCUUUGUUUUUCUUUUUGGGUAAAUUGAAUGUAGUGUAGGGUCUUUACCGAACCAAGUCAAAAUCAUCACAGUAGAAUCGAGCUAGACAGAACCGGUUUACCCAAACCGGUGGUUUAUCAUCAGACUUGUUGUAUUUAGUCCACGUCUACUAAAUGUUGUUAUCUAUUCCAAUGCCUAGAAAUUGUAUUAUGAUGUAGGAUUCUUUUGAGUUAAAGAUUUAACUUUUCAUGAAAGAAAAGUAGAAAACGUAAAGUUUUUAUGGAA